AUGGCGGAUGCGCCAAUUUUUUGGGCCCGCUCGUUUGUCUUCCGCUUCAUACCGGUCUUGUCACUUCAUACCGGUCUUCUCACUUCAUACCGGCUCUUCUCACUUCAUACCGGCUCUUCUCACUUCAUACCGGCCUACAUCACUUCAUACCGGUGCUACAACGCUUCAUACCGGCCCAAAAAACCAAUUUCGUCCGCACCAGAUAAGCUUCAUGCCGGUGCAUGCCCCCUAUUUCGGGCGGAAAUCCAGCACAUAUAUUUCGGUCCACAUUGGUGUUGGAGGUUGCGGAGAGUUUCCUUUGGUGAUCAUAGCCUGCGUACAGAGAUAAAGCCUUCAUGCUACUUGUUCCACACGUUAUCUGGUGCGUGCUUGGCGAAAGUUCUUGUAAACAGGUCAGUGGCAGGAUUCCGGCACACAACAUGGGUCAAGUCAUGUGUCCAAGCAAUUGCCGAGACCAUACAGGAUUGGGCACUUGCCGCUGGUGGAGCCACAAGAAUGCAUGACGCCUUUGUCGGAGAUAAUCUGUUUGAAACCGGACCUGAUAUCCACGUGCGGGCAUUGGCCCAUUUGACUUGA